AUGGCAGCAGGCAUCGCGAAAGACAACGGGUUCAUUUUAUUCGUUCUGCUUGUGCCGUUUUUGUUAAUACCAUUUAAAUGGUGCCUGCAUAUCGUUUUCUGGAAUGUGAUCAUUUAUCGUUCACGAGUUGCGAGGACUGCACGGUUUGGUCGAGUUGUUAGGAAGGGUAAAACGCAAAACAACACUGCCUAUUUUAAAUCUCCUGCAGAAAAUGCGGAAAGGUGGAGAUAUCCUCGUCGGUGCGAAAAUAAUUCCGCAGAAGUGAGACCACUUUCUGACCUCUGGAAAGCCCUUGGAUUUACUGUGCUGGUAAGCGGUGUAACUUUCUCGAUUACUGCAAUAUCAGAUUAUGAAAGGACGAAGAGAAAUACUAGGCAGUUCUGGAGCGAAACAUUUAGAAUGCUUCAAGCGCCACCUAGAUUUUCUUCCGAGAAUGAAGUAUGGAGUAGACUUAGUAAUGGUCAGAAGUGUGUCCUUUUUCUUCUUGGCUCGAAUGCUUUGGUAUUUUGCCUUUGGAGAGUUGGAUUUUUACGAAUGUUUAUGUGGCGUUGGUUCACAAACAGCUACGCAUCGAAGUCAUUAUGUUUGCCAAUGAUUUUGAGUGCCUUCUCUCACUCACACUGGCUUCACCUGACGUGUAACAUGUUCGUCGCUUACUCGUUCUUUGGUGGAACGGUCGACAAAUUCCUAGGCAUUGAUCAGUUUGCUGCUUUUUAUGUCACAGCAGCCUGUGUUUCUUCCCUGACAAGUCUGGCGCACAAGGCUAUACUCAGGUCGCCGGUUAAAGCACUUGGUGCUAGCGGUGCGAUACUUGCAGUAUUAGCUUACACCUGUGUGCAGGUCCCUGAUGCACGUCUUCAGUUGAUUUUCCUUCCUGGCUUCACGUUCUCUGCAGCAACCGGAGUUGUGGGUUUGGUACUUUUUGACCUUUUUGGCCUCCUGUUAGGUUUUCGGUUAUUCGACCAUGCUGCACAUCUUGGUGGCACUUUAUUUGGAAUCUUUUAUGCUCGGUAUGGUGAGAACCUACUGUGGAAAGACUUUGGCGACCGGGUAAUCAAACUGUACAGGAAAUAUGUGGGUGACGAGAAGUAG